AUGAAUAAGCUGUUUGUUCUGUUCCUUUUUCUAUAUGUUGUUGCAGCCGUAAGGCCCAUUAAAGAACAGUACAGAGAAAUUUCAAAUACGUUAAAUAAUAACUUGAAAAAGAGGAAUACUAACACAGGUAAACCAUUUAAUCUGAAGGAAAGCAUAGCAUAUGAAAGAAAAAAUAAUUAUGAAUUAUAUAUUGAUACAAAUGGGGAACUAAAACAACAACGUAAUAGUGUGAAUGAACCAAGACAGCUGUUAAAAAAAAAAAUGGAAAAUUUUAGAUAUUUAAUAAAUGAUUUAGAAAUACAUUUUGGUGUAUAUAAGUUCAACUCUUAUGAUAAGGAUAAAGUAUUAAGAGAAACUUUAAAACCUGAAUCCUUGUGUUUUACUAUUCUUGGUCUUUUAACAGAUACAUUAAAUAAAAUAACAAUUAACGAUUCUCCUAUUUAUGGUUUUAUAAUUAAAGGAGAAAAGAAUGAGAACAAUGAAGUAAAUAGUACAUUAGGAAUUUAUGUAAUCUUAUCAAAUGUAACUGUCCCUUUGGGUGAUUUCUAUUUCCCUAAAAUGAAAAACGCUCCUUAUGAAAUUCCAUUUUUAGUAGGCUAUUAUGAUAGUAGAAGAGGUUAUAGAAAUAAAAAAUUUUCUUAUCUUUGUCCUCUUCCCCCUUUUUUGGUUGAUGUAAUAAGAACAACUAAAUUUGGUCUAAAAGUCAAAUUUAACAGUUUAGAUUUAGAUGUAAAUGAAUUUUAUCCUGCCACCUUGUCACAUGCCUUAGAAAAUAAAGAUUUAUUACCUGUUCAGAAGAGCGAUAGUUUCAAAGAGGAAAGAAAUAAAAUGAUAAAUUUACUUGCCAAUGUUGCAAAGGAUGUACCAUAUAGGAGUAUAAUAAAUGACUCACAUGUUAUGGGAGUUGGAUUUAUAAAACCAGAAGAAAGAAUAUGGGCAACUAAAUCAUUUUCUACUAUUAAAGAACAAAUUAAACAAUUCCUGUCCAGUUCAGGUAGAACUCCUAUGGAUAAUGAAGCAGUUGCUAUUUAUUUCUUAUCCUUAAGUCAACGUUUACAUAUAAACAUAAAUGGUACAAAAUCGAAUAAGAUAACAAAGAUUCAAGUUUCCAAUGUGCAGAAAAAUAAUGCAGGAGUUUUGGAAAAAUAUACCAUAAAAUUGGACUUCGAAAAUUCAGCAUCUACUACAACAAAUGCAGUUGUAAAGGGAAAAAAUAUAUUUAUACCUAAAUCGUUAAACAAUAUUCAAGCUACUAUAACGUACGAAAUACCUCCUACUUUCGGCUUAGCUGUCGGUCAGGGCGGUCAAGGAGUGACUUACACCUUCGCCGAGUUAACUUUCCCCCUUAGUAAUCUCUUUCCUUACAACGUGAAUAACUUAUCUUCCUUUGUAAAGAACAUCUGA